UUUGGAGUGGCUGGCGUGUGGAGUGGUCGGCUGGUGGGGCACCCUGCGAUAUCAUGCUAAAAACUCAUACAUAACCAGAUCUUGGCUAUCGCAAGGCUCUUCCACAUUAGCUCCAUCAAGCACUUACACGAAGCAUCGCCGACGCACGGCACGAAUGGACGAUACACUUCACUUCGCAGACCAGUUCCAAAAAUAAUUGUGCUCAAGUGCGUGGUCGAAUGCGGAUCGACAAAUCCGGCAAGCAAAGACCAGAGUCGCUGUCAUCGACCAAGUGGUUAAUAAGUUCGUUGUUGGGUUUGAUGAGCACUCGACUCGGCGGGUAUGAUUUCAUCUCGGCUGAGUUCCGCCUACCAUCUAGAUUGGUAAUGGAAACUGUAGUCCAGCAGGCCUGCCAAAGGCCGGCUAUAAAGACGCGGACGAUAUGGAACAAGACAUCAUUGGGUUCAAUACUAGCGACACAGCAACACCUUCAGUUAGCUCGAAUAGUUCGUUAAUCAACUGCAGAACAGAACUAUAGCUUCAAAAUGAAACUCUUCACCGCCGUCCUUGCCAUCUGCCUAGUGGCCUUUGCGGCAGCCCAAUCUGCUGAUCCCGCUGCUGCACUGGAGCCUUCCUCCGAGUACCUGCCUCCCGUCGGCGAGGCGGAGGCCGCCCAGCUUUCGGAGAACGGAUAUAAGUACAGGACCGUGCGCCGGCUGAAGCUGCGCCACCGCCGCGAGGUGCCUAACCAGGAAUACCUUCCUCCCGUGGAAAACGCACCUAGCCAGGAAUAUCUGCCGCCAGUAGAUGCCGCCGCCAUUGGUGACACCAAGGUUGCCGACGACGGCUACCGGUACAAAACGGUGCGCAAGCUUAAGUUCCGUGCUCGCCACCGCCGCGACGUCUCCGAAAUCGCUGAGCCCAGCGGCGAGUACCUCCCACCCGUGCAGGUUGAGCUUGCUCCCGAGCUAAAAACCAUUCUUGGUGAUGAUGGCUACAAGUACAAGACAGUGCGCCGUCUCAAGUUCCGCCGCCACCGCCGCGAGGCUGUCGCCGAAGAGGCUGCUGCCGAGUCCGCACCCAACGGAGAGUACCUGCCCCCCGCUGAGGCUGCCGCUGCCGCCCCCGCUGCCGCCGAGGCCGAGCCAAAGUCCGCUGAGGAGGGCACUGAGUUGGCCAAGGACGGCUACCGCUACAAGACUGUGCGCCGUCUGCGUUACCGCUACCGCCACUAGGCCUCCGAUCCGAACCUGGGCACAUUGAACCAAAUUGAUCCUGAAAGUACACUCAAGAAGUAAAGUCGAACGGGCCUCGUCCAAUCGACUGACUUCUUCUUUUGGCCCUUCCUAAUACUUAUUCACUCAGUUGUCACAGCAUAUGGAAUAAUAAAAUUUAUUCAC